CAAACCUUGCGAAGAGUUUCUCAAUACAUGACGACCAAUAUCGAUUCCAUGUUUCAAGGAAGUGCAUGUUUUAAUGAUAAACUAUGCAUGCGUCAAUUACAUCGAACAACGUAUAGUUCCAUUUCUUAAAUGAUCAAUCUCGAUCUCGAUUUCAACGCAAUAUCAAACAUGUGACUAUUUUCCUAUUAUCCUCGUUAAAAAAUUAAUCCCAUUUCCUUGGUAAUUGAAACUUACCAAAGAAACGAAUCCUAAAUAAAUUCCUCUACUAUAAAUGCCUACAUCUCCAUUCUAUAAAUAGAAACGAGAUUAUAUCUUUAACUAACUGUAUAAAUCGUAACAGUAUUUAUCUCGAUCGAAUAAUUUUCUUUGACUAACUUUCACCUAGGAAUCGCAUCUUUUUAUCCAAGUUCGCGCUUACGUUCUAGAUCACAUAAUCGUCUGGUUACUUUUAACAAGAUAGAUGUCGAUAAAAUGCUUGACCGUCCACGAGAUAAGACAGAUUAAAUUGAAUCAAAAAAGGGGGUAUAAGCGGCGAAGAAGCGGCGAAGCACCAUUUCAAUGGGGAUGGAACACGUGGCCGAGGGGUGAAUGUAACGACGCGCACAGGUGAAGAUAUAGAUCGAGUUUUCAACGUAACAACGAGAACCACUGGCAAAGCAGGAAAAUGUGAACGUAUGGAUAGCCCGUUGUCCCUCGAGGUUGUUCAGUGUCGUCAGUUCGAUCUGGUCACUAGGCCAUUCACCAUGAACGAGCGCAAGGAUGAAACGCAGUCAAUUUACACGAUCGCCAGCCAACAGAACUUGGUACCGAUAAAAUCCAGAAAUGCCUACCUAAAGAAACGAAGACACGUACCGAAUUUAAUGAUGAUUACACUGUUUCUCCUGAUGGGUCUAUCUAUCUUAGCGGCACUGGUGUUUUCUAUACUUUAUAUAACCUACAGACCGACGAAACUCUGCGAAACAGAGAAUUGCGUCCGCAUAGCCGCUAGUUUGAAAGAAUCUAUGGAUACGUCCGUAGAUCCUUGUGACGAUUUUUAUAAAUACGCAUGCGGGAAAUGGCAGGACGAGCAUCCUAUACCGGAUAAGAGUUUGAUUAAUUCGUGGUUCGAAGAGCGUAAAGAAAAAAUAUCCGUAAAAAUCAGAGAACUGUUACGGGAAAAUAAGACGGAUAGCGACGAACCGUGGGCGGUAUCGCAGGCAAAACUAUUGUAUAAUAGCUGCAUAAACGUGCAGGCGACGAACGAGCUGGGACUGACGCCAUUGUUCGACGUAUUGAAAGAGCUCAGUCUACCCCCGGUUCCUGCGGCCAUCACCAAGAAAACGAGCGAUUAUAUCGAACAAAUAGCCAGGGUGAAAAAAGUUCUAGGGAAGGACGUGUUCUUCCGCUUCGAUAUUAUCCCCGAUCCUCGAAACACGAGCAACAAUAUAAUGUUUUUCGACACACUGAUCCUCGAUAAUCCACUACCCAACGACAAAGAAUUGGAGAAACGGUUGCAUUCGAUCAGAUCAAGUUUCCGGAAGUUGGAGAACGAGGAUGAAAGUGAAGAUAAACAGAAAGAUUUAGAAAUUGCAUACAUAACCGGCAUUAUUAAGCAAAUCAUGAACAAUGGAACCCUCGAUAGUUGCUCUUUAAACGAUGAAUCAUUGCCGCUUGACGAGGAAGAAUUGGAAAGAAUCACCGAAUCGCUUUACGAAUUAACAAGCGAAUUUUAUUACCUAUCCCGCCCAGAUACCAAUCAAACCAUUUGGGAAGAUAAUCUGACCGAUGAUCACUACAUGCUGGUAGACGAUCUUCAAAAGUUGACCGACGAGUUUGUGACGGAAGCUAAUUCUACGCUCACGCCUAAACUGUUAUGGCGGCCGUUCAUCGAACUGGUUUUUAAGGAUAUCGACACUACUCUAGACUUGGAUAAGAAGGAUCAAGUGUUGGUAGGCGAUCUGGAAAAUUUGAAGGAAGUCGCUCUUAUGUUGACUCUCUCCGAGGAGGAAGAAUUAGAAAGCUACGUAUGGUGGGUGAUAGUAGACAUAAUCGUGCCACAUUCGUCGGACAAUUUAAGAAAAAUUUGGAUAGAUUAUAUCAACGAAUUGACCAAUAUCGAGAUCGGUGAAUCGAGGUCACUCUUUUGCGCGUCCGCUGUCAACGAAUUGAUGGGAAUGGCAGCCUCGUGGCUGUUCGUGGACUCAUCCUUUCACGAGAACAAAGGUAAAAAGGUGUUGGAAAUGUUGGAUAAUAUAAAACAAGCUUUCGCUUCGAUGGUUCUGCGAACCGAUUGGAUGGACCAGCGGACAAAACUGGCCACGUUGGAGAAGAAUAGAAAGAUGGAGUCUCAAAUUGGAUUCCCGGAUUGGUUGUUCUCCGAAAAUGAGCUCGACGAAUAUUACGAUAGCAUAGAUCUCUCGGAGACGGAGUAUUUGAGCAAUAUGAUACAAAUUGUUCGAUUGAUGUCCUUGAGCGAUUUAGAAUCCAUUCAUCUGAUUAAUUAUAAAAAUGAAUCAUACUGGGCGACCGAUCCAACGGAUGUAAAUGCAUUUCAUACGUAUGAAUACAAUCAUAUAACUGUACCAGCGGGAAUUCUUCAAUUUCCUUUUUACGAUUUGGGUCUUGAGUCUUUGAAUUACGGCGCCAUCGGCUCGAUCCUUGGUCACGAAUUGACUCACGGAUUCGACAACAGCGGGAGACACUACGACAGUAAUGGGAACGUGAGACAAUGGUGGACCAACGAGACUAUUUCGAGAUACACCAAAAAAAUCGAAUGCUUUAUAGAUCAUUACAACAAUUACUACGAAGCUGAAAUAGACGAUUAUAUCGACGGUGAACUCACAUUGAGUGAAAAUAUAGCGGAUAACGAGGGUCUGAGAGAAGCUGUCGUCGCUUAUGAAACAUGGAAGGCCAAACACGGUCAAGAGCCCUCGCUUCCGGGAUUCACUCACCUCACUCACGAGCAACUUAUUUUUCUUGGUUUCGCACACAUUUGGUGCGAGAUCGCAACUCCAAAAUUUUUGAGAAUAAUGUUAGAAAACAGUCAUUGCCCUGGACACGUGAGACUUCUCGGAGUUCUCAAGAAUUCCAAAGAGUUCAGCGAAGCGUGGAAUUGUCCUGCGGGAUCGAACAUGAAUCCUUCGACCAAAUGUAAACUAUGGUAACGACAGAAUUCCUUGAUCGAAAAAAAAAAAAGAAAAUUCCUGAAUUUUCUCUUCCUCGAAAAAAGCUUUUAUAUUUUUCAAUCUCCUCAAAUUAUUAUUAUUAUUAACAAUUAUAUAUAUAUAUACUAUAAGUGUUAUCAAAUAUUAACUAAUAUCAACUAAAAUAUAUGAUUUGAUCGAACUAUAUAAAGGAUAAAGGAUAAUUAGAUACUUGAAUAACCCGAUAUUAAUAUAAUAAAAGAAUUUUAUUUACUUAUAA